GAGCAGAUCUCGUCGGCUCUUAUGGGAAUUAAACACUCCUCCCGCUGUUUGCUCCUCAGGAGAAAAAUGGCGGAUGCGGAGAGCACUGAGCAACAGCCCCUGAGUGCCGCCCUGUCCCAGUCGGUCCAGCCGUCUCCUCUGCCCAAACCAGUGUCAUCGGUCCAUCAUGCCCAGCGGCCCACACACCCAUCUCACACGCCUCACACCCCUCAUUCAGCCAACUUACCCAGCUGCCCUGGCAGAGGAAAGAUGGCCAAGUUCCUCAACCCUGAAGAGAUGACCUCCAGGGAUUACUAUUUUGACUCGUACGCCCACUUUGGCAUUCAUGAGGAAAUGCUAAAGGACGAAGUGAGGACGUUGACAUACAGGAACUCCAUGUACCAUAACAAACACAUCUUCAAGGACAAGAUCGUGCUGGACGUGGGGAGUGGUACUGGCAUCCUCUCCAUGUUUGCUGCCAAGGCCGGAGCCAAGCACGUGUAUGGGAUUGAAUGCUCAAGUAUAUCAGAAUACUCUGAGAAAAUCAUCAAGGCCAAUCAUCUGGACAGUGUUAUAACCAUCUUUAAAGGGAAAGUGGAAGAGACGGAGCUGCCGGUAGAUCAGGUGGACAUUAUCAUCUCAGAGUGGAUGGGUUACUGCCUUUUUUAUGAGUCCAUGCUCAACACAGUCAUCUACGCCAGAGAUAAGUGGCUGAAACCUGGAGGUCUGAUGUUCCCAGACAGGGCUGCUCUAUAUGUGGUGGCCAUUGAAGACAGGCAGUACAAGGACUUCAAGAUUCACUGGUGGGAGAACGUUUAUGGUUUUGACAUGACUUGCAUCAGGAACGUAGCUAUGAAAGAACCACUGGUGGACAUCGUGGACUCAAAACAAGUGGUAUCCAACGCCUGCCUGAUCAAGGAACUGGACAUCUACACGGUGAAGCCAGAGGAACUGUCCUUCAGCUCCUCCUUCUGUCUGCAGAUCCAGAGGAACGAUUAUGUCCACGCUCUGGUCAGCUACUUCAAUAUCGAAUUCACCAAGUGUCAUAAAAAGACUGGCUUCUCCACAGCACCAGAUGCCCCAUACACACACUGGAAGCAGACAGUGUUUUAUCUGGAGGAAUAUUUAACUGUGAAAAGAGGAGAGGAGAUAGUCGGCACCGUCAGCAUGAAGCCAAACGAGAAGAACGCACGUGAUCUGGACUUUACCUUUGAGCUGGAUUUUAAAGGUCAGCUAUGUGAGGCCGCUAUCGCUCAUGACUACAAGAUGCGGUAAGUACCCAGCAGUGGCGAGAGACGGUUUCUGACAGCACUCAGAGAAGCAGAGGCAGGGGCCGCUCCGGAUCACAGCUACGGCCCUGCUGCUGGGAAGAGACAGAGACAGAGACGGAGAGAAAGACCAGGACAGAAGUUGCUAUCUCUGGGAGUCUUGCCAACGUUUUUCAAGCAGGGUGGCACUUCUAGCAAUAGCAGCCUUGCCUUCGCCAACUCUAGCCUGCACUUGUACACCAACUCUCUGACUGUUCAGGGGCCAACUAUGACUACACCCCACUGUAAACAAAAGAAUGUCAUGCUCUUAUGAAUGUUAAGUGUUAGUUUAUGGUUACUUUGCUUUUACAUUAGGAGUGUGAGCUAAGAUAUUUAAUAUUGAAAGUUGUGCUUCCAAGUCC